GUUAACGUGUGAUCUUCGCGCGUUCCUUCUUUGUUGGCAUUAAAACAACACAGAUGGACUUAAUGCAAUAUUUUAGGAUUGAAGAUUCAAAUAUAUCACAUGUCAUGUACUAUAUAUACAUAUGAUCGACGCGAUCGUAUCUUUAAAAUGUUUUUGAAGUCGGAAGACCAAAUAGGUCAAAGGUCAACCCACAACCACUUCCGGUAUGUGCAGGGUUCAGUACCGGAAGUCAGGGCCUGCACAUGGUGCUUGAGUUUCGGGUGGAACUUCAAGGUUUUUCAAAGGAUCAUAAGAUUCUUGGAAGAACCAGAAUGUCCUUCACGUUUGGUUUUGAGAUAAAAGAAGAAGAUGUGGAGAAAGGUGAUAGUAGUAGUAGCUGUCAAAGCAUACCUGAACUUACUACUACUAGUGGUGGUGCUCUAAAAGAGUGCCCCCCUCCCCCCUUACCUGCAAGGGAAAUCACCGUAUCCUUUUCUGAAGUGCCACAACCGACAGCCACCAGUGGGUUAACACUAGAGGGAGGAGAAGUGUUAUCCUACAUAACCUGUCCUGAAAGCAAGUGCUUAGAAGGAAGUACUUCGGAGUCAGACCUCAUCCCCAAUGUGUACGAAGGCGGCAUGAAGAUCUGGGAGUGUUCUGUGGACCUUGUGCAGUACCUCAGGGAGAUCGCGUACCCGUGGACCGGAAAAAACGUGCUUGAGCUCGGCUGCGGUGCAGGCCUACCCGGGAUUCUCGCACUCACAAAGGGAGCGGGAAAGAUCCACUUCCAAGACUACAACGAGGAAGUUCUGCAAACCGUGACCAUUCCGAACGUCUCGCUCAAUACGGGAACAGGUGUCUACGCCGCCAGAUGUAAAUUUUUUGCAGGGGACUGGAGCGGAGUUCAGAAACUUUUGACGGAGGAAUUCAAGUCUACCAGCGACAAAUAUGACGUCAUCCUUACAUCCGAGACAAUCUACAACACGGCGUCCUAUCAGAAGUUGCAUGACUUGAUGAAGAGCGUACUCGCUCCGAAUGGAACAGUGUACCUGGCCGCAAAGACGCACUACUUUGGCGUGGGAGGGGGGACAAGGUUAUUCGAGGAAUUCCUCCGAAAGGAAGACGUCUUCUCAAGUGAAGUGUGCAAGGUUUACUCAGAAGGAGUCAACCGAGAGAUUCUCAAGAUUGAGAUGAAGAAGUCUUGACAGACUGACCAGCACUUGAUAAUGAGCAAAUAAGUGACUGUCAGUGCUUCAACAGUUAAAUCUUGUAACUAGAGUACUUCUGUAUAGUGUGGGUAAAAAUCUUUAAAAGUAACUGUUAGGUACUGAUUGACUGAGGGCUCAAAAUACUUUUUUCUGCAUACCUGCACUGCACAUCGAAAAUUACCUGCACCCGACAAAUUUUACCUGCACCACUCUGAAUUUAGAAAGUAUGGAACGUACUAAAAUUGUUGAGGAACCAUUGUUAUUAUUUCUUUUAUAC